GAGGAUGUGUGGUGCGCAGGCGCGGGCGUGAGCUGGGCUGGAUGCCUAUUGAUGGGAAAACAAGGGGCUGUGGGAGGACAGAUACAGGCGGCUGUGGGCAAACGGAUGAGGGAAGGGAUACAAACCAAAGCUCGAAUCCCAUCUUCCGCGCCUUCACUUUGCGUUAUUAGAUCUAUUCAGUGUGAAUUGAAUGUAGCCACUCUUUAUCGGACGGUUUUACAACAAAGGGAGGCUAAGACACCGCCUCUUCUUGCCUCAGAAGGUCCUGCCAACAAACAGGAGCAUCGCGUCCACUGCAGGUCUCAGAGAUUCACCUAACAGGACAACAUGGAAGCACCUCUUGUGUGUUUGGAUGAGGAGUUCGAGGACCUCCGUCCUUGCCGUAUGGAUGAGUUUGACCACCCAGCACUCAACCAUUCCUCUUACAACACCACCACUACCACCGUCCCCUUGGCUUCCAUCACCCGCGAGGAUUUCUCUGAGCUGGAGAACUUCUCAGAGAUGAUGAGUUUCAAGUCUAUGGAGGAUCUGGUCAACGAGUUUGACGAGAAACUCAACGUCUGCUUCCACAAUUACAACACCAAGACCGAGGGCUUGGCGCCGAUACGCAAUCAGUCACACAACCAGGAGGAUGAGGAGCAGCUGCAGGAUGAAGAUGUGUGGGAUGCCCUAACUGACAACUACAUAGCCUGGGACGGUGCACCCUCCGAAGGACUCAACGGCAAUCUUUCUGACCAAGAGAUCCAUGAAAAAGAGGAAGAGGAAAUGAACGAAAAGAACGACAAUGCCAACUGUCUGAACGAAGAACCUCUCAUCACAGCUGAUCAGGUCAUUGAGGAGAUAGCAGAGAUGAUGGAGAACUCUCCAGAUCCUGGUGAAACUGAGGAAGAAGAUGACGAGGAGAGCAGUCAUUGCGCCUCCAGGACUAACCCUUCCCUGCUGGAGGAGAUCAGACAGUUGUCUCAGGCCUCCAACAACAACUGCUCUUAUGAAGGCCUGAGUCUGAUGCCCAGUUCUACACUGGUUGAGUUGCUGCACCGUGUGGAAGCAACAAUUCGCGAGUACUCUGAGGAACUGGUAAGCCAGCUGGCACGGCGUGACGAGCUGGAGUUCGAAAAAGAGGUGAAGAACACUUUCAUCACAGCCCUGAUGGAGGUGCAGAACAGGCAGAAGGAGCAGCGAGACAGCAGCAAACGCCGACGCCGUGACAAAGCCCUGAGCUUGCAAGGAGGAGGGAGCGUGGCAUCAUUGGUCAAUGCGGGGAAUACAGGCACCGCCGGCCGCACGGAGAAAACGGGAAGCAUGCCCGUCAAGCGUUUCAGCAUGGAAGGGCUGUCCAACAUCCUGCAAACGGGCAUCAGACAGACAUUUGGAAGCACAGGGAAUGAGAAACAGUACCUGAACACAGUGAUUCCCUAUGAGAAGAAAGGCAGCCCACCGUCUGUUGACGAUCUGCAAAUGCUCACAAAAAUUCUUUAUGCCAUCAAAGAGGACAGUGAGAAGGUGCCUACGCUGCUAACUGACUACAUAUUAAAAGUGUUGUGUCCUACCUAAAGCAUUUCCCAGCUGGGGGCCCACAGUGUGACAGGGAAUUCUUUCUUCACGCCGCCGGCCCAAGCUGCAUGAUCUCUCUACUCUUGGGCCAUUUAUCAGCCAUGGAUCCUCACCAUCAACAUAAUCACAUUCACCUCAACUAUGACGACUGCCUCUUGCUGAGCUCACCCUCUAUCUUCUUGCACUUAAUUAUGCUUUAGACAGCUAUUUGAAAUAUUCAAAGCGGGACAACCUUUAACCCUCUUUUAAAAGGACUUCACUAAUGGAGCAUGACACGCUAGAAACAACCACCAGUACUAAAAGCGGUGAUGUUGCAUUUCGUUCGCUCUGUUUUUCUCAGUAUCUAUUGACUUUACAUUGCAUUCACAAAAGGACCACAUCCCUUUAUCGAUUGAAUUACGACAGAAUGAAUUUGAAUACAGAAGCCAUGCACACUGUUUUCUGCCAACGUAGGACUGUAGCUGACUGGAAUGAGAAGAACAACAACAACAACUAUUCAGGUGCAGUACAAUUAUAAGGCUAUUUUUAUUUCAUGUUUUUGAUUUAAUUCUGUGAAUAUCCGGGAUUUUUGUAAUCUCUCUUAAUUUGUAUCAAACAUUUGAUAGAAACUUUGUUGUAGAUUUUUCUACUUUCAUUUCAUGUAUCAUUAGCGGCAGUUGGAAAAAUAAGUAUUUGAUCCCCUGCUGAAGUGCCCGGAAAUUUAAUUGUAGAUGUUUUGUAUCAGAGAGGGACAGAAUGUAGUUUUUUUUUUUGUUUUUUUUUUACACUCUCUGUUGCAAAACUACCAUUAAAAAAAAAAAAGCGGACUAAGGAAGUAAACUUACAAAAUCAGCAGGAGCUCAAAUACUUCCCGUAUCAUCCCCACUGUGUCCUUGGAUAGCAUCCUUUAAUGAGACCAGCUUUUUUUUCCACGGAAGCUGUACACAUUUGCAUAUGAUCAUAUUUAUGACUUAGGUUAUUGAGAUGUCUAUGUGAAUCUUACAUUGCUUAAUCGCCAAUUCUAGUAAACAUGCUACCCUAA